AGAAUCCUUUUGUCUCGAUAAAUGCACCUCCCCUCCAAAGCUUCAGCUGUUAGCACUUAGCAGUUAGCAGAGCUCACAGAAAGAAAAAGAAAAUCACAGCUAAAAAACGUAUAUCACUGACACCCUUCAAAAUUUCUUUAAUUUGUGUCCCUCUUGACUUUUGGUACUGAAAGACUCUAUUUUCUCUCAUAGAAUCUGCUGGUAAUAAAACACAAACAAGAAACAAACAAACUUUUCCACGUGAAAUGGCAGGGGAAGCAAAAGGGAGGAGGGAAGACUUGAACUUGUAUUCUGAGAAGCCGAUGAUGCUUGCUUUUGAUGGUGGAAAGAGUGGGAUUGGUGCGGGAGGUGUGGAAAUCGAAGGCUUGGUGAUCACUGAGUGGAAAGAUAUCCCUAUGAAGCUGUUGUUAAGGAUUGUUUCUCUUGUUGAUGAUAGGACCUUGAUUAUGGCUUCUGGGGUUUGCAGUGGAUGGAGGGAUGCUAUUUGCUCGGGACUCACCCAUCUGUGUCUCUCUUGUUCUUUUCUUCAGGUGCAAAAACAACAUGAACAACUUGGUUCUAUCUCUUGCUCCUAAAUUUACAAAACUGCAAACUCUUGUGCUGCGCCAAGAUAAACCACAACUCGAGGAUAAUGCUGUUGAGACUAUUGCAAGUUACUGUCAUGAUCUGCAGGACCUGGAUCUCAGCAAAAGCUUUAAGCUUAGUGAUCUCUCCUUGUAUGCAUUAGCUCACGGUUUUCCCAAUCUUACCAAACUCAACAUCAGUGGUUGUACGGCAUUCAGCGAUGUUUCUCUAGAGUAUCUGACAGAAUUUUGCCGAAAAUUAAAAAUUUUAAAUCUCUGUGGAUGUGUGAAUGGUGCAACUGACCGUGCCUUGCAGGCAAUUGGACGCAACUGCAGUCAGUUGCAAUCUUUGAAUCUGGGAUGGUGUGAGAAUGUGAGUGAUGUCGGAGUAAUGAGUCUAGCAUACGGAUGUCCUGAUAUCAGAACCCUUGACUUGUGUGGUUGUGUCUGUAUAACAGAUGACAGCGUGAUUGCUUUGGCAAAUAGGUGUCCCCAUCUUAGAUCCCUCUGUCUGUACUACUGCCGGAACAUCACAGAUAGAGCAAUGUAUUCCCUUGUCCACAACCGAGUGAAGAACAAGCCUGCAAUGUGGGAAUCAAUGAAAGGCAGGUAUGAUGAGGAAGGAUUGAAGAGUCUCAACAUCAGUCAGUGCACGGCAAUCACACCUCCUGCUGUUCAGGCUCUAUGUGACUCGUUCCCUGCACUUCAUACCUGCUCAGGGAGGCAUUCCCUCGUUAUGAGUGGCUGUUGGAACUUAACUUCCGUGCAUUGUGCCUGUGCUGUCCAAGCACACCACACCGCAAGUUCUAUUCCUCAUCCGGCACAUUGAGCCGCACAUGCAGUUCUGAAUUUAAAGCAACAGUGCAUGUGAACCUGUAAAGGUAGAACCGUGCCCUUGUAAAUGUGGUUGUGUUUUAGAGUUGACAAUGUGGAUGCACAUGGGCAGCCCAUUCAUUGUUGCGAAAUAUGGUCUGUAAGUAAAGCUAUGGACUUUUAUCUGCUCUUGGUUGAGCAAGUAUGCUGGCUCCAAGUUUAUUGGUCAAA